AGCGAGGCACAAUGCAUCGAUUUCAAGCUUCUACGAUUGCCGGACAACAUAGCGUCGACGACCGGAUCGACCUGUCUUAUUUCGGCUGGAUUGUCGGCUCCCUUUCUUGCCCGAUUCGUCCCACGAAGCACUGUCGGACGCCGAGUAAUAUGUAUCAGAAGCGGUUUGCGUUCAUCUAGCCCCCGUUUCCCCAGCUACGUAGACACUGUGGUUGCGCUGCGAGAGCGUACCAAGUCUAGCAUGAUGAUAUAGGGGCAGGCUGGUGGGAGGGAUCGAAAGAGGGAAGGGUGAGUGUGGAAAGGGAGAGGGAGAUGGAGGCUCUAAGGCAAGGUGUGGGUCUGACGGGCGAGGGGUCGAGCGGCUGCUGGCUAUGGCAAGAUGCGAUAGACCAUUGACCUGCUUCAUGAGCGGUCGAAGUCCAGUCUUAUCUCAUCUUCGGACAGCCUCAAUGCUGAUUAUAUUGAGUCGGCGGGCUUGGGCUUGAUCGAGAAUGGGUCGAGGUUGCAAG